AUGGAGCUUCAAACAGAGAAGAGGUUCAACAACUUGAGCAUUGAGCAAAUCCAGGCUCUUGACAGAAUUUUGACUGAGGUCAUCCCUAUCCACGGCCGGGGAAAUUUUCCUACGCUGCAGGUGAGAGUGAAAGACAUAAUUCGUGUGGUCAAGGACCGGCUGGUUGAGCGGGACAUCAUGGUCAAAGACAUACGUCUCAAUGGAGCCACUGCCAGUCACAUCUUAGUGAGAGACAACGGCCUGGGUUACAGAGAUUUGGAUAUCAUUUUUGGAGUUGAGCUGCCCAGACAGGAAGAUUUCCAGGUGAUCAAAGAGGUGGUGCUGAGCAGCCUACGAGACCUCCUGCCAUACGGGGUCAACAGGCGGAAGAUCACCUGCCUCACGAUGAAGGAAGCAUACGUUCAAAAGAUGGUAAAGGUUUUCAAUGAGUACGACAAAUGGAGCCUCAUUUCACUCUCCAACAACAGAGCUAAGACCGUGGAGCUUCGGUUUGUCAGCUCCCUUCGUAGACAGUUUGAAUUCAGCGUGGAUUCUUUUCAGAUAAUAUUAGAUCGCGUGCUGGAGUCCUACUGGGUCAUGGAGAGGAAGCAAGAAGGAAAGCUGGCACUGAAUGACACAAAGUUGUCAAAAAGAGAAAGGCAUGAGGAUAGAAAGAAGGAGCAACUUAACCUGCAAAAUACCAAAGAGGGUGUUGAGGAAGGUUCGUCAGGCUUGGAUGAAAGUCCAUGCCAGGAUGAGGAAGUGUCAGUGCUUGAGAAAGAACAUCAUGACGAGACUGAGCCUAUUGUAGGGGAGCUCAAGGUAGAUCAAGGGUUAGAACCCAAGAAAAAUGCGAAUAACCAGACGGAAGAAAAGAUAAAUGGAACUGAGGGUGUUUGUUUAGAGGAAAACAACUCUGUUGGGUUCAAGUUGUGUGAAAAACAGGGAGAAGGGAAAGAAUACCUUAACUGUGAUUAUCCACUAGUGUCACCCUGCAAAUUUAUUGAAUUCACAGAUGCCGGGGAUGCACUAGUGUCACACGCUUUUUUAAAGCUUCAGAGUAAUGAGCAAGGGUGUAAACCAAAGGUUCCCCUGCCGGAGAAUUCACAGUCACAAGGAGCAGCCUGCUGUCAAGAAAAUAAUGAGGUAGAUUCGGUAAUCUGCAGCACUGAAAAUGCCCAGAACCUGACAGAUUCACACCUUGAGUUCUCCUUUCCUCCACCGGCGAAAAAAACCUGCAGCACAACACAGGACAUCAAACCGGAUUACUGUCCUUCACCAAAGUUACAAAGAAAAAUGUCUCGGAAGACAAUCACCAAGACCGACAAAUGGUCUCUCCUGAAUGACUUGUCAGACCUUACAACACAGUUGUUCCCUCCAAUAGAAAUACCAAAAAACCUUCAGUCUAAACCUCUCUCACUUAAUGCAACUCAAGUUAGUGACUCACUCAUGCUGAGCUCCAAAUCAGAGAACUUUGAGGGUGCAGACUUCCCUGCAGAAUCUGCAUGCAAUCCACCUAGUUCCUUCCACGAAGGUUCAUCUUCCUGUGAACCUGUGGACCUGAUUGUGGAGACGGCACACUCUACGAGACCUCCUGAUGUGACGACAAACACAUCUUUCCAACCUAAAACAGAUGGUAAUAGAUUGGAUUUGGGAGACACUGUUCCAAACAGUUGUGAGUCAGACUCGUGGUUCGGGGCGUCAGGAGAGCCCAUCAUUACAGUCGAAGCUGAAUGUAUGUACGGUGACUUUGAGCAGGCCUUGCACCACCUUCGUCAUCGCCUCAUUGCCACUCACAACCCAGAGGAGAUCCGAGGAGGUGGGCUGCUAAAGUACAGCGACCUGCUGGUUAGGAACUUCAGGCCAGCCAGCGAAACCGAGAUCAAGUCCUUGGAGCGCUACAUGUGCUCUCGCUUCUUCAUUGACUUUCCUGACGUAGGCGAGCAGCAGCGGAAGAUCGAGGCCUAUUUGCAGUGUCACUUCAUCGGCAACGAGGAGAUGAGCAAAUAUGACUACUUGAUGACCCUGCGGCGUGUGAUCGACGAAAGCACGGUGUGCUUAAUGGGACACGAGAGGAGACAGACGCUCAACAUGAUCACGGUUCUGGCUUUACGCGUGUUGGGAGAACAGAAUGCCAUUCCCAACACGACCAACGUUACCUGCUUCUACCAGCCAGCCCCGUACAUGGCGGAGCCGAUGUACAACGGCUACUACAUAACUCAGGCCCAGCCCCCACUUGUCUACCACCCCUAUCCUCUACACGUCCACAUGCAGACUGGCCUGGUGUAGCGACAGUAACGCGCCCACACAGGGCCCUUAAAGCUGCUUUAAGCAAAGUGCUCUGCAAAAAGAGGCACGUGCAAGUUUUAACAACAGGCACCUAUGGGCGCAGUGUUGUUUAAUGUUUUCAAAUCUCUCCAGCAUCUAUUGUGAACAAUGAGAGGUCAGAACAGCAAUAGGGCUGGAGGUAAAGCAUGUGGCCCUUUAAGAUAAACACUGGAAAAACAACCAAGAAGCUAUUAGAAGAGAACACGUUGAGAGGAUAUCAUCAAAGGGGACUGACUUUUAUGAAUGGCUGUCUAAGCAGAAUAAGUCUGUAUUUCUCACCUGCAUGUGUGGAGGGAGAUGCUGGAAUCUGGAAUCUGGCUGGUUAAUAAACGUCUCUAUCAAAAACUAUAUGUCAGGAAAAAAAUAUCUUAGCUUGGAUUCAACUAGAGAUUCAAGUCUCGUAUGUGUUUUUGUGAAUCUUUCGUCUCUGGAGAUAAUGUUUAACAUGUUUUUUCAAAUGUGUUAACAAAUAGGACUCCACAGUAACACACUUUGACAAUUUCUCCUGCGAUUCCUCCAUGUUGUAACACAAUAUGUGUUUGUUAUUGUGAAAACUUCAUUUCAGAGUAGUUUACGAGACAAAGUAAAAGACUGCACUCAAUUAUUGACAUGUUGAGAGAAACACAUAAAUGGAAAUACAGUAUAUUUAGCUAUGUCUUGAUUAUAUUAGAUUUAUUGGUUCAUUUCAAGCAUUAAUAAUAGAAAAAACAACAAGAAAUCACAGAUGCAUUACUCAUUCAGAAAUAAGAAAGCGCAUUGAUUUAAAACAAAGACAGUUUAUCAAAAAAUAUGAGAAGAUAUCAUCUUCUUAACAGUGUAAUUAUCCAUAAUCAUAAGUAGAGAUUUUUCCAGUAAUACAACACACACUUAGGUCACAUUAGAUCAAAAAGUAUAAUGUUUAUUAUGAACUAAAGUCAAGUGCAGUUUAAUUUAUUGCUUGAAAAGGAGUGGAAAGAAGUAAUUUGAUGUUAUGUUUUUGUAUAGCUGUCAUAAUCAGGUUCUUAUCAGAUCAAGUGCAGAUUUUUUGUCAAGUAUUAAAAUAGAGUGGGAUAUUUAGCUAUUUCUUAAAAGUAGAAAAUGCACAGAUUGUUGUCCUUGUGUAAUUUUAUAUAGAAAAAAAAGCAUUCUUCAGUAUUGUAUUUUUAUUAACUAAUCGUAGCCAUCUCUUAUCUAAGUGUACAACAUGGUUCAGUAAGUCAGACCUCGAAAAUGUUUGUGGUGUACAAACCUAAACAAUUUAGGGUAUGUGGAGUGAUAUCAAGUUCUGUUCAUGUAACUUUUGGUAAUUUUUUGUUCCUCUUUAAACGUCUGAAGUCAUGAAGGAUCUGGUGUUUCUAAGGCUCAACUGGGGAAGAUUUACUUGUUUGAAACAAAUGUGUCAUUUUAAGGGUGUAAUCUGGCACAUCUCAUCCAAUCAAAUUACAUUAAGUUGUAAAAGUGGCGAGUUUUGUGAAACAUUUGUGUGUUUUUUUCAUAUUGUUGCACAAUUUUAUGAAAAUCCAUACAGUGUAUAGACAGGAUGAUUGUAAAAAGGGAACAUUUUGGUUCAAAUAAUAUUGAAAUUUUUUCCCGACUCAGUUAAAUGUCACUCAAAGAUCAAACAACUUUCUUCAAGUUAACAUGGAGACAAUUAUAAAUGAAACAGCUCACCUGACAGCUGUUUUCAGAGCUUUUCAUGCUUUUAUUGUUUAUUUUUGAGUGUGAUAAUGCAGUAAUGUCUUGUAGCUGUACAUAUUAUAGCAUGUCACAUUUGACAUUUCCAGAGUUUCUUUUUAAAUGUACUUAUUAUGACAAAAAGAAAAAAACAUAGCUGUUGUGUGCUUUUUCAUCAAUUCUGUAUUGUGCUUUGCUCCAUGUGUUUGAUUUAUUGUUGUGUUUUGUGAACUGCACUGCUCAGGUUUCCCAGCAGUCGAUGGUCAUUGUUGUGUUUGUCAUCCAAAGAGAUGUUCCACGCAGAAGUGGUCUGCAGGCAGGCAAGUCCAGCACACACUUGUUUUUCUCGAUGAGGUUCAAUUCUGCUUAAAGAAACACAAACCUUCUUUGAAGACAAGUGUUCUUCCUCCAAAAUCCCAGCAUGCUCCUGUGCAUCAGUGGGGCUCUAGUGUCAGUAAAUAGGUUUUCAUUGAUAUCCUUAGUAACAUUGCUGAGUAGAUCUUCUCACUCAUUUUCAACUUCAAGAGCCUCGUGUCUGCUCUUUUUAAAAGGAAAAGGCAGAUCACAUUUCUGUUUUAAGCUUACAUGUGAAAAAUUAUAAAAGGUCUUUACAAAGGGUCAAAUGUCAAAUAGUCAUGGCAUCAAAUGAUCUGUGUUUUUGAGCUAACAACACUUCCUUCAUGCUUUUCAAAGGCACUAAUUGGAAAACCUGUUGGGCUCUUUUAAGAUAUGGUUCAUAAUCUCCCAGUAGCUUGAGUGUGAAGUCCUGUGAAGUCCAAGUACAGCAGGAACUGGAACAACAAACAAAAGGCGUGACAGCAGUGACAAAUAUAGCUAGUUUGGAGUUGAAGACCAGACUUUUAAAGCAAAAGAGACAAAAAAAAAGCUUUUGCUCUUAGAAAGGGUAAAAGUAAAGUUAAAGUUGUCACACUGAGCCAUGACAAAAUGUAGCCACAGUGAAGCUCCAAAAACUCCAACUAAUUUCUACUCUGCAGCCGUCCAAGACCAGAUGCAUCGUUUCUUGCAGUACGAGCUUUUACUUUGAAUUUGAGAGAACAUGACUUUCAAUGUAGAUCAUGUCUCUCAAAUAGAGCAAAUUUCUUACCUGUCAGCCCACACUGGACUGUAGAGUUUCUCAUCCCUAAUCUAUUAAAAACACACAAAAGCUUUUACUUCUAAUGGAGCAUGAAGCAAUAUAUAUUCUAACGACUGUGAGACAUUUUAGCGCAGUUUCGUCUAUUUUGCAUUAUGUUACCUGUCUCUAUUUCCUUUAAAAAUGUUUUAGAUGAAGACAUUUAAAAGGCCUUUCUUUGUUUUUGGAGCAGAUGGAAAAAGGUUAAAUACAUACAUAUAUAUUACCAUAACAUUCAAAAGUGUUUGUUGUACUUUUAAAAAGUCGCCCACUCUCCUAAAAAGAGGUCAGCAGUUUUAGAUCAACAAACUGAACUUACAUGACACUCCAAAUCCUUUUAAGCGUCUUCAGCGGAUUCCACACCGUAAUUCUGUGACACUUUUGAUGUAGUGGAUCAAGUAGAGGCUUAGUUCGUUAGAAAACAUCUCUCAUUGUGACUAAAAACUGCGAGUGUGCUUUUCAUUGUUUGUUUGCAAGUUGCACACAUGUUGGGCAAUGAAACAAGCAAGUUGAAGCACAGAUUUAGGUGUAAGAAACUCUGCAACUGGAGCACUUUGUAAAUGCACUUAGAUGCUGUUUAAUAUUGAAUGUGUUUUAAAGGUUUGUGAUUCUUCUGCUGUUAUAAAAUAUGUAGCUGUAUGCAUCUUUAGGACUUGUGUCAUCAAAGAUAUGCUAUGUCUCUGAAGAAAAUGAAUGAUCUAGAUUCUGUUAUCCUGCUGUUAUCAUUGUGUUAUUGUGAUAAUAAAUGUGAUGCAAAAGACA